UGUGUGUGUGUGUGUGUGUGUGUGUGUGUGUGUGUGUGUGUGUGUGUGUGAAAUGUUUCAGUUUCAGUCAUGAUCCAGUUUUGAUACUGUGCUGAUGUGUUGUUGUCAGGAACUAUCAGUAUUUGGUUUAUUUAGUUUUCAUUAUCAUGGACUUUUAGUUGGUUUUGUUUCAUUUCCUCUUGUCUUUGUUCUAGUUUCCUACUCUAUUUAGUCACUCUAGUGAAUAAAAAAUCUUUUUGGAACCUUUUGCUUCUUCUUCUUCUUCUUCUUUGGAACACUAAAGUCUGUGACAGCCGUGAGGUAGUUUGCAAAAGUACGGAAAUCGGUAAGGUUGCAUCUUGCAAAGAGAUAAUCAUAGUUCGGAUUUCAUGCCAACCAAUCUUUAAUGAUUUAAUUAUGAAGGAUCCAGUGACGAUUCCCUGUGAACACAGUUAUUGUAAUGGAUGCAUCUUAAGACGCUGGAAUCAGGAGGAUUGGACGAGAAUCUACAAAUGCCCUUUAGGCAAACAGUCCUUCACACCAAGAACAGUUUUAGGCAAAAAUGUGUUGAUUGCUGAAAUGAUGGUGGAGAAACUGAAGAAGAUGAGACUUCUGGAGAUGUUCAGUGUGAGUCCUGCACUGAAAUUAAAGCAAAGAAAGCAGUGAAAUCAUGUCUGGAGUGUCGAAGCUCUUACUGUCAAACUCACCUUGAACAGCAUGAGAAUCUCUUCAGAGGUAAAGGACACAAUCUGAUGGAUGCCACUGGACGACUCCUUCAAGGAACACAAGGAGAUGUCUAGAAGAAAGUCUGAGCUGCCCUUUUUUUUUAAUGCAACAAGAGGACAGUCAGAUUUUUGAUGACUAAAAAGGAUGAAAGCACCAUAAAAUUUUCCUAAAAGUCAUCAAUUCAUCAGAAUACAUGCAAGUGGGAUAUUUUCAGUGAAUAUAGACUUAAAUUCCAGGCAGUUCUUGACACAAAACUAGUGUAUUGCUUUAGAAGACCUGGAAUUUUUUGCACAGGUCAUAUGGUCUCUUUUAUGGUACUUUAAUGAUGCUUUUUGUGCAUUUUGGAGCUUGACGGUAAAAAUCACUCUCCACUUUCAUUAUAUUGAAAAAAAGCUCGGACAUCAAACAAACAUCAUUGUAUUCUAGAAGAAAGAUUUUUGGGUGAACUAUUUCUUUAAGACUCUCGUCCAAUCAGUCGGUGAUGUUCCCAUAAGCAGUGCUGUGUUAAGUUACUUUUAAAAGUAUUUCACAGUAUUGCGUUACUCCAUAAAACAAAUUUAAUAUGGGGGAUAUUUAAGUUGGAGGGACCCAAACCCCCGGCCACCACCCACCCACCCUGUGAUUUACAUAAAGUUGAUUUUGAAUAAUCACAAUUUACAAAAGUAAAAUAUUUGACAGGUGAUAAUGUUUAAAUUGCCCAUUGUUUGCACAGAUUUGCCUAUCUGAUGGUUUGAUUGGUUUGUCUUAGGUUUUUGUUUGUUAAAUAGUGAUAGAUGAUGCGUCAAAUACUAAUGUGACUUUAUAAAGUCUAUAGAAUUUUCUUUACAUUUUUGAAACAUUCACAUGUAUGAGUGUAUGUUAAUUUAAAACCUAAAUAAAUUACCCCACAAUGUUGCAGUCCACUUGCAGGCAUAUCCAGCCAGGUAUUUUCACAAUGUUUGUAAAAUGUUUUAGUUUGGUUACAAAUCCUUUCCUUUUUUGACUGACACACAUUUAUGCAGAACUUCACAGUAUUGAGAGCACUGAAGUUUCUGAAGGGGUUUAGGAAUGUGGUUGGGUGAGAUCUGAAAGAGGUUAGAGAAAAAUGUUGCAGUAAUGUGCGCAAGCAACAAAACCGGAGAAACACGCUAAGCAUGAGGACAGCUGUUUAUCUUUCCACAUGGUGCUUGUUUGUGUAGGAAAAGUUUCAGUCAUGUGACUGGGGAGUUGUGAAGAUGAAAACCUCCAUUUUGAACUGCCGUACAGACGUGUCAAUUUUCCAUCUGUUUUAAGCCAAAAUAUUUAGCUCACCUCUGAACAGAGUGCCAGUUUUGCACACUUGCGAUCCAUAUACAGCACCUGCCUUAGUAUUUCAAUCACUAAAACAGCCAGCCAUUGUAAAACUUGAAAAAAACGAAAGCGUUAAUAAGCCCUAUUAAAAACACAAUUCAAUAUACACAUUAUUGAUAAUGGGUAUUCUAUACCAGCCAGCAGAUGAGAAUAUGAACGCAACACGCUAAAUUGCACUUUAUUUAGUAUAAUGGUUUUCUUUGGGGGAAAAAGUUUCAAAUUCAAUGAAGUUUUCAUCAUGAACCCGUUGAUAUUGUGGUCAUUCGUAUUGUGGCAUGAUGCAUCCUGCAAAGAGACAAUCAUGGUCAUUUCGGUCAUUGUCCACAAUCACGGACAAUCAUUUCGGCCAACCAGACUGGAAUCAGUGUAAAAAAAACUCAAUAAAAACAAACAAACAAACAAAAAACCCCUGAAACAAACAAGUUACAGUAAGUCACUCCCUACAGAAAAACCUGUUUCUCAAGCAUGUCAUCAGGAAGAUAUAUCAACCCUCCAGUUCAUAGAAGAAGGAAUUUGACUGUCGAGCUGCAGUGAGUUUCGUUUCUCUGUCUGUGUGUUCAUACAGUGAAAUGGCAGAAGCCAAUAUUUCAGUGGAUCAGGAUCAGUUCAGAUGUUCAGUGUGUCUGGAUCUGCUGAAGGAUCCGGUGACGAUUCCCUGUGGACACACUUACUGUAAGAGAUGCAUCUCAGAGUGCUGGGAUCAGGAGGAUCGGAAGAGAAUCUACAGCUGUCCUCAGUGCAGACGGACCUUCAGCCCAAGACCAGUUUUAGGUAAAAAUGUGGUGUUUGCUGAAAUGGUGGAGAAACUGAAGAAGACAAGACUCCAAGCUGCUCCUGUUCCUGUUCCUGCUCGGCGUCUUCAUCGCGCUGGAUCUGGAGAUGUUCAGUGCGGCUCCUGCACUGGAAUUAAACAGAAAGCAGUGAAGACCUGUAGGGAGUGUCGGAGCUCUUACUGUCAAACUCAUCUUGAACAACAUGAGAAUCUCUUCAGAGGUAAAGGACACAAUCUGAUGGACACCACUGGACGUUUGCGGCAGAUGAUCUGUCCUCGACAUGAUAAAAUGCUGGAAAUUUACUGCCGUACCGACCAAAGCUGUAUCUGUAUGAUGUGUUUGAUGAAUGAACACAAAAAUCAUGACACUGUAUCAACUGCAGUGGCAAGAGCAGAGAAACAGGCACAUUUAGAGGAGACGGAGAAGAAAAUUAAUCGGAGAAUCCAGAAGAGAGAGAGAGAUCUUCAGGAGCUGAGAGAGGCGGUGGAGUCUCAUAAGCGCUCUGCACAGUCAGCAGUGGAGGACAGUGAGAGGAUCUUCACUGAACUCAUCCGCUCCAUUGAGAAACGUCGCUCUGAGGUGAAGCAGCUGAUCAGAGAUCAGGAAAGAGCUGCAGUGAGUCGAGCUGAAGAACAACUGGAGCGACUGAAGAAGGAGAUCGAUGAUCUGAAGAGGAAAGAUGCUGAGCUGAAGCAGCUUUCAGACACAGAUGAUCAUAUUCAUUUCCUGCAGAGUUUGUCGUCCGCUUCUCUCUCUGGAUCUACCGAAGGCGUCACUGGCGGUUCUCACAUGCCUUUCGACGAUGUGAUAAAAUCUGUCUCUCAACUCAGAGACAAACUGCAGCAGUUCUUCAGAGAGACUAUGGAAAACAUAUCUGGAACAGUGAAAACCAUCCAGAUCAUCCAGACUCCUGAAUAUGACACCAGACAGGAGUUUCUACAAUAUUUCCAUCAGCUCUCUCUGGAUCCAAACACGGUGCACCCAUGUCUCCACCUGUCUGAGGGGAACACAGCGAUCACUUACACCAACACAUUCUAUGCUUAUCCCGAUCAUCCAGAGCGCUUUGAUUACGCUCAGGCGUUGUGUAGAGAGAGUGUGACUGGACGCUGUUACUGGGAGGUGGAGUACAGCGGCAGUGAAGGUGUGUAUGUGGCAGUGGCAUAUAAGAGCAUCGGGAGAAAGGGACAGAGCUUGGAGUGUGCAUUCGGGUGUAAUAAUCAAUCCUGGAUAUUGUUCUCUUCGCCCUCGAUGUGCUCAUUUAGUCACAACAACAUCAACUCUAAUCUCCCUCUAGUGUCCAGCAGUAGGAUAGGAGUGUUUGUGGAUCACAGGGCAGGAACUCUGUCCUUCUACAGCGUCUCAGACACAAUGAGUCUCAUUCACAGAGUCCAGACCACAUUCACUCAGCCGCUCUGUCCCGGGUUCGGAUUGGGUCUCUACUCAACCGCAAAACUGUGUCGUCUACGCAAUUAAGCUUAGUUCUUAUACACAGCCGAGCUCUGAACCUGCUGACAAUUCUGAGUAAAGAUGGAUUCAUGGCACCUCUGAGCAGCCGUCAGUAUAAAGACAUUUACAUGCCACUUCCGAAGCGCUCUUAUGCCACCUUUCCGGUGCAAAUUUGGCAAAAUAAUGUUAAUGAUACAGCCAUUGUAGAAAAAUAUUGCUAUAUCACAUGAAUUAAGCACCACAAUAAAUCAGUAAAGGUGAGAUGAUAUGGAUUUAUAUUUUCGAAUUAAUAAAUCAAGUGCUGAACUUCUAAAGACUUCAGAUAUGACAUUGUCUCCUAAGGUAAUAAUAAUGUAAUAAUGGUCGUAUUGUGGGUACAAAUGAUAAUCAGAAAAUUUAGAUGUGGAGUGAUUAUGUAAAUAAAAUUAUUUCAGGCUUUUGUGGAAUUUAAUGGUUACAUUUUCCUUUUCAUGUUAGGUUACUGAAAGAAACUCUUAUAUUUUUAUACUUUAUUUGGAUUCAAUAAAGAACAAGAUAAUUAGUGGAUUUAAUUUGAUGUAUAAUCUACAGCAUGCUUUAAUUGCUAACAGUUUUCUUCCUUUUCUUUUGAUGAACUGGACUUACAAAUGCUCCGUCAAGAGUUUUUAUUUACACUUCUGAAGUUUUUGUUUACACUUGUUUUUGUUCACCAUCCUGGCACAAAAUCCCUCGUGGGGGCGGGGCCAGGAGCUGUGCGUUCUCAUUGGCUGGUGAGUUUUUGAUCGACAACUUCUUGACCUCAAUGUCCCCUAUUGGAAUAAAUGAAGAAAUGGAUCUUGCAUGUUUUUUUUAAGUUUUUUUUUUUUUUUUUCUCAGUGGCAAUACCCUUCAAUUGUUUAAGCUCAGCUGGUGACAAUUUUUAAAUGCUGUUUCUUCUAUGAGCACUGAGGAAAGCUAUGGUAUGAAACAUUUGCUCACUGGUCUGUUUUUACUUUGCACUUUUUCAUCUUUUUCACAUGCAAAAAGAAAAGUUAAAAAUCUAUUUGUGAUA